GCACCCUCCCCCUGUCUGUUGAUAUCACAGCCCGGAGAGGUUUGAAUCCAGUCUCUGGCCCCAGCCGCCAUGCUGAGCUGAGAGAGAGACAGAGACCAACCAAACUUUGUCACGCUGCUGCUGCACCGACCCUCAUCUCCGUUCACACCGGCUCAAAGAGGAAAACUUCCCCACGACUGGUGUUGUGUCAUUUGCCCCGGGCCUCUCCCUCAACCAUUUCCAACUGUGUGAAGAAAAGUGAAAAGGAGUUUUAAUGAAUCAGUAUUCGCUAGCCGACGCCAUGACAGACAACUUGAGGAUUUUAUAAUUCUCUCCAGAGGAAGAGCGUCGCAUCUUGUAAGGAGCCACAGAGGAAACUUCACCGUUCCGAAGUUACCAGAGUCUAAUAUGGGAUUUGGCGUGCUGGGAGUGUUUCUGGGGCUGCUCCUAGAGGUCUCCACCCAGGGACCCCACGCUGUGCCCCGAACCUCCUGGAGACACCAAGACUUGGACCUGAUGGAGUUUUCGGAACCUGACAUCUUCAAUUACUCCACGUUGUUGCUGAGUGAGAAAAGAGAUGCGCUGUAUGUGGGAGCCAGAGAAGCCAUCUUUGAGCUCAGCAAGAAGAAUGUGACAGUCAAAAACAAUAAGGUUCAGUGGACAGUUGCAGAAAAUCCCAUGGUGAUGUGCACGCAAAAAGGCAAAUCAAAAGAGAGGGAUUGUCUUAACUACAUUCGAGUGCUCCAAGUCGUAGACGAUGAGCGGCUGUAUGUCUGCGGCACGCACGCCUUUCAACCUCAGUGUGACUACUUGAACCUCGCUGACUUCUCGUUGACCGGUCGACCUGAAGACGGGCGGGGGAAGUGCUCCUUUGACCCCUCACAAAGCUUUACUACUGUCAUGGUUGAUGGAGCACUUUACUCAGGGACAGCUUAUAACUUCUUAGGCAGUGAACCCAUUAUUUCCAGAUACUCUCCCUCCCAGUCCCUGCUGCGGACAGAGUACUCCACAUCGUGGCUCAAUGAGCCCAGUUUUGUUUUCGCCGACGUGAUCAGUGAAGGGAGAAACAGAGCGGAUGGCGAGGACGAUAAAAUCUACUACUUCUUCACCGAGGUGUCAGUGGAGUAUGAAUUCUUUGGCAAGCUGCUCAUCCCCAGGGUGGCGCGCGUCUGUAAGGGUGAUCUCGGCGGGCAGCGCACUCUGCAGAAGAAAUGGACGUCCUUCCUAAAAGCCAAACUGGUGUGCUCCAUGCCUGAGCUCAACUUUGUUUUCAAUGUAGUUCAUGAUGUCUUCAUCCUGAAGGGGGCGGACUGGAGGGACACAGUCAUCUACGGGGUCUUCACCUCCCAGUGGGGUAACGUGGGCUUGUCAGCAGUGUGCGCUUACAACAUGACAGCUGUAGAAGAGGUCUUCUCCAAGGGCAAGUACAUGCAGAAGGCCACAGUGGAGCAGUCACACACCAAGUGGGUCCGAUACAACGGCAUGACUCCUUCUCCACGUCCUGGAGCAUGUAUCAACAACCUGAUGCGACAGCAGAACAUCAGCAGCUCCCUCCACCUGCCAGACAAGACCCUCCAGUUUGUUAAGGACCACCCCCUGCUGGAGGACCCCGUCCUGCCCAUCGGCAACGGGCCUCGCCUCAUCACCAAAGAUGUCAACUACACUCAGAUCGUUGUGGAGCGGGUCCGUGCGCUCGAUAGGAACAUUUAUGAUGUCAUCUUCACUGGAACAGAUAAGGGAGUCCUGCACAAGUCAGUGGUGUAUGAAGGAGAAGUGCAUAUUGUGGAGGAGGUCCAGCUCCUGAAGAAGUCUGAGUCCAUCAAGAACCUGCUGCUGUCAUCUGAGACACGCUCCCUGUAUGCUGGUUCAGACUCGGGCGUAGUUCAGUCUCCCACCGCCUUCUGUGGCCGGUAUCUGUCCUGCGCUGACUGCAUCCUGGCGAGAGACCCGUACUGUGCCUGGGACCCUCACACUGCUGCCUGUGUCAAUAUCUUUGAUGCUCCCAGCCAACGUCUUAGGAAGCUAAUCCAGAACCUGAAUGGCGACGCAGACAAGUGUCCUUCAGCAUCAGGUCUGUCUCUGAAGGACUAUCAGCGUGUGACAGUGAAACCAGGGAGCUCUGCUGAGCUGCCGUGCCUGGUACACUCCAACCUAGCCCAGGUGAUGUGGAAAUACAAUGGCUCCGCUCUCACUGAGGCCUCCCGCUUCCACCUCAUAGGCGAAAACGCCCUCCUUAUUUACAGCGUGGCUCCAGAGGAUCAAGGUCACUAUGAGUGCUGGUCCGUGGAAUGGGCUCCCGCUGCGGGGAAGAACUUCAGCCGCCUCCUGGCUGGAUACAUCCUGACUCUGGAUCUGCCGCCCAGAGCCCCUCAGCAGGCGGGCCACCACGCGACCACCACCCUCGGCAGCCAGGAGACAUCUAGCACACACGCAGCUGAAGGUAAUGGUAAGACAGACAGAGCCCUACUAACUUCGGCCCUCGCCCCUCCCAGCUUCACAGCCACAGUCCAAUUCACCUCCCCACCCCAAACUGACUCAUCACUAACCCCGCCGCCCAGCAGCACAAUCAAGUUCCAACCAAAGCAGCGCCUCACCCCGAGCUCCAACGCCCCCCGCCCAGCCAGCCGGGACCCAGCGGCCGAGUACCUGCAGCACAACAACAGCACCGCCCUCCUCUCCCUCUUCCUCCUGUUUUUCCUCCUCUUCCUGGCCGCGCUGGCGUACAACUGCUACAUGCAGUACCUUCCCGCUCCCUGCCUGCGGCUGCGAGCCGCUCUGUUGGGCAGUCACAAGAGCACCCAUCAGCCCGAGUAUCUGGCUUGUGAAGCAGGUCUAAUGGAAGCAUCUGCAACUGAUAAAAUUAACAUGACGGAGCAACCGACGCAGAACGGAAGCCAAACCACUCAAAACCUGCGGGCACUCCGCGACACAGGGUACGAGACUGAGCCGGAGUGUGGCAACGGUGGGAUCCCGUCUCACACUUUUGGAGGCGACAGCCCGUCCCAGGAGAAACCUUUUGAUGUGGACUGUGAAUCUCAGCCCAUUCAGUUUGCAGAUGCAGAUGAGCCUUACUGCUAGCCAGACGCCUCUGAUCUGCUUUGGUUUCUCUCUCUCAGCGUAGAGACUGUUUUACAGGGGGUCACGCUCUUGCUUCAUUUUCCCAUGACUCAAAGUGGUUUUCUCUAUAUGAAAGUAUGUUCAGUGUACAUGAAGUUUAAUCGUCACAAAGCUUAAAUCAGGCGUCCCACUCGCCUGUGAAGAUUUAUCUCCUGCUGUCUGAUUUAGGGCUCAUGAUGAUAAAGCAAAAAACGUCUUGACAGAAGCUGCACCCUCUCAGCUUAGUCCAGCAAGAAAAGCUAUUUCUUAAAUUCCAAAUUGGAAACAUUGUUUACCAAAUUGGUAAGUUACCUUGAUGUUUUCCAAAUUGGAGUCAUGUGUUUUUUGUACAGCCUGGGUGAAUAAUAAUAAUCUCUUGAAGCUUUUGCAUUUUAUUUCAAAGCAACGUGUAGGCUACAGAGUGCCCCAGGGAUGACGCUAACCCGGGAGCUAAUGUCACCCUGGUUCUCUCUUUUAAAAAGCCCAUGGGAUUUUUCCAUUGGAUUUUGGAUCAUUGCAGAAAAUAAGCUC